AUGUCUAAUGAUCAAUUGUCUGAAGGGGCUGCUGAUGAAAGUAAUAUGUCGUUUGAAUAUGAAGGAAUCUGUAAUUUUAAAUAUAAUUUUGAUGAAAAUAUUAUAGAGAAUAAAAAUGUUUUUAGUGAAGAAAAUGAUACUGAAGAGGAGAAAAAUACA